AUAAACCUAAAAUAUAUUUUUCCGUAAUCUAAAAAGCCAGCAUUGACAAUUAGUGAAAUGUAUUUCCCUUACAAAUGUAUUGUUUAACUCUAGUCAUGUCUUUUAAAGAAUUUUGUACUUGUGCUCUGCCUGAAAACCACACUUCCACUCAGUGCUAAAGUCAUUCUGGCAAACAGAGCCUCGACUGCCAUGGAUAAUAUGUCUGAAGGUUCUUCUUCAUCAUAUCAUGGAAAGAGACCGCGUUCUCUGUCUGAGGAUUCGUUUAUGUCUUCAGAAAAUGAAGUUCUGAAUGAACACAUUUCGUCCCCGCUUCAAUCACCUGUCUCAACUUUGAAACAAUGUCCUUCGAUUGAUGAUCAAAAGAAGCUUCUUGGAGAUACGAUUGAAGAGGAAAGUGAACUGGAGGUUGGAGAUGUUGAGUACGUUUUGUCUUAUUCUUGGUACCAAAGCCUCUGUGAACAUCUCUCCGAAGGUGGUCCAGACCCUGGUCCUAUUGACCAGAAUGAUAUUACGGAUGAAGACACAGGUGAUUUAGAGCGUAAUUUGCAGGAGGAGUCCGACUUUGUGCUGGUGCCUGAACAUGUUUGGAAGAUUCUGAUCUCCUGGUACGGUCUCAAUGGAAAGUCAUACCCCAGAAAUGUGAUUAAUCAAGGAACCGAAGACUCUUCGCACCUUAUUGUCGAGGUUUAUCCGCCUCGUUUCCGUUUGGCCCUUCUCGUUUUGCCCAGUGAAGACUCGAAAAAGUUUUCUGCACGAGAAGAUAUCCCACUUGUAACGUUUUCUUCAAAAUCUAGUAUUAAGAACUUGCUUAAGGCAAUCAAGGAAACUUUUAAUUUGGACACUGAUGAAUUUCGUCUUUGGAGAUUAGAAAGUGAGACACUUUCUAAACCAACUAUUGACCCGUCGUCUUUCAUCAAACUCGGUUCACGCGAAUUGCUGAAUUUCACGGACGUGAAUAUUUCACUUAUUGAUGCUGAAAUCGACAGUGAUACUGACUUGGUAAUUGAGUGUACUGUGCAUGGAAAUUGGCCCGUAGAUCAUGCUUUACGUGUACAAUACAUGGUCCAACGUGCUUCAAAGAAUGGAGGACAAGCAGAUGCGGAAGCAAAAAGCAAAAAAAUGGGCCUUUGUGGAUUGGCGAAUCUCGGCAACACCUGUUACAUGAAUUCUGCUCUCCAGUGUCUUUCUCACACUCCGGAACUAGUUGAUUUUUUCCAGAAUCAGGAUUGGAAGGAACAAGUGAAUGAAACAAAUCCGUUGGGUACAGGUGGUCAAAUUGCUUCCGUGUACGCUGAUUUGAUUAAGGCUUUGUAUUCUUCGGAAGCAAAGGAUUUCUUUUCCCCCAGACAUUUUAAAGCCGUUGUUGGUCGUCUCAAUCACUCAUUCAUCGGAUACCAACAACAGGAUUCCCAGGAGUUUCUAGCUUUCCUUUUGGAUGGCUUGCACGAGGACUUAAAUCGUAUUCAACAAAAACCCUAUACAGAAAAACCAGACUUAUUUGAAAAUGAUCCUCAGAAGAUUAUCGAUACUGCAAACGAGUGCUGGAAACUUCAUAAGAUGAGAAACGAUUCAGUCAUUGUGGACACAUUUCAGGGUAUGUAUAAAAGCACGCUUGUUUGUCCUGAAUGUAAUAAGGUUUCCAUCACUUUUGAUCCAUUUAUGGAUUUAACACUUCCUCUUCCGGUAUCCCAAAAUUGGACCCAUACCGUGCUAUAUGUACCUAAAGACAUAACACGCAAACCGGUUUCAGUGGAAGUCGUUUUUGAGAAUAAAAGCGCAACCAUUGAUACCUUACGGAAUUUUGUUGCUGAAAAGGUCGGUUGUGAAGAUGCAGCAGCGCUGCUGGUCGCUGAAACAUAUCGUGGUCGUUUUUAUCGCUAUUUCACGAAUGUUAAAUCGUCAGUAAUGAUGGAUAUUUCUGAGGAUGACGAAAUCUACAUCUACGAGCUGGAUCGUCCCUUCGAUCUUAGUAACAACAAAAACUGCAUUGUUCCGGUGUAUCACGAAGAAGAGCUUGAAAUGACAUCUUCCUAUGAAGGAUUGCCCUUCCUUUUGGUGCUGGAUGAGGAAGAAGCCUGUGACAAGAACGCUAUAAUAAACAAAAUAACUACCAAGUAUGCCCAGUUUACCACUUACGAUAUCCAACAAGAGGAAAAUCGUCAGAAGCUCUUUGAAAAGGUCAAUGCAGCAACUGAAGCCAACAUUGAAUCUCUAUUUAAGGUUAAUAUUUUCCAUGAUCGGUCGGAAAAGUUGCCCACUGGAUGGUAUAUGCAAGCUUCAAACAAAGUGAGCCUUGAUGAGAGACUCUCCAAACAAAUUGAAAGCGCAGAUGAAAGUCAAGUUGCUUCUCCGGUGUCUGAAACAAAAUCCGAUGAAGAGGCAAUGGAGGAAGAUGACACUGAAGAUGUUCCUGAGGGACCAUUAAUGUUACCAUUGGCUCCCAUGGAAAAGCUUGCCGGAAAAUUGGUUCAGGGUGAUGUACUAGAGUGUUCAUGGAAUGAACAUGUUUACGCUGAAGUGUUCGGCGAUUUUGUUGCUCCAACAGGCUUGGGCCGAGCACUAUGGACGGAAUUUGAACGUAUCGAGGAACGAAGAAAGCCGGAGGAGAAGAAAGACAUUUCUCUGGACGAUUGUUUGAAUGAGUUUGAGAAAACAGAGCAACUUAGUGAGGAGGAUCCUUGGUAUUGUCCCAAUUGUAAAGAAUUCCGCUGUGCUUAUAAGCAAAUGGAACUUUGGUUCGCUCCAGAUGUCCUUAUUUUUCACUUGAAACGUUUCAGCAGUGAGAGACGGUUCCGCGAUAAAAUCGAUGUUUUGAUUAAUUUCCCUAUAAAGUCUCUAGACCUUACAAACCGUAUUGGAUCAAAUAAGCAACAGAACAAACCCAACGAAACCAUAGUUUAUGACCUUUUUGCUGUCGAUAAUCAUUACGGAAGCCUUGGGGGUGGUCAUUAUACAGCGUAUGCCAUCAAUUCGACAGACCAAAGAUUCUACUGCUUUGACGACUCUCGCGUUUCGCCUGCUACAGAUGAAGAGGUUGUGUCCCCCGCUGCUUAUUUACUCUUUUAUCGUCGUCGUCGGUCUCCAUCCUCUGAUGCAAAGUAGAAAUGUUCUACGAAUAUAAAGGCAUCCAGAGUUUGUGUGGGUCGUUUUCACUGUUGAUACAUUCAUGAUUGUUUUAAAUCGGCUAGGCGUUAAUAGAGAAUAUUUCAAGAAUUGGCAUUACCGUAUUAAAAGGAAUGAAGGCUCGUUGCGAUGAACACAAUUUCUGACCUUGCUGAAUUUGGUCUCUACCGAACAAGUCUAAGUAAUCUAUAAGACUGUAAUUGCAAUUAUAUAUCUGUCGACUGGCCAUGAACAGUUUCAAAUUAAGCGGACAUCGUACGAACUAUUCGGCAUGUACUUUUUAAUCUGUCCCGCCUUUUUGGCUUAUUCCUUCGGAUGAAUUCUUCAAAUUCUUCCAGUCGUUUUCGGCUACUCGCCAACACCACUUUGACCGCGCAUUCUAAACAUUUACUAGAUUCAAUCCAUUACUGCUUGAAACGCAAAUCUUCGAGCCUUA